AUGGGGAACCAGCUGGCCGGCAUCGCCCCGUCUCAGAUCCUCUCCGUGGACAGCUACUUCUCCGACAUCCACGACCAUGAGUAUGACAAGAGUCUGGGCAGCACUCGCUUCUUCAAGGUGGCCCGAGCCAAACACCGCGAGGGUCUGGUGGUGGUCAAAGUCUUCGCCAUCCAGGACCCUUCGCUGCCGCUGACCAGCUACAAGCAGGAGCUGGAGGAGCUGAAGAUCCGGCUGCACUCCUGUCAGAACUGCCUCCCCUUCCAGAAGACCUCGCUGACAGAGAAAGCCGCCAUCUUGUUCCGUCAGUACGUGCGGGACAACCUGUACGACCGCAUCAGCACCAGACCCUUCCUCAACAACGUGGAGAAGCGCUGGCUGGCCUUCCAGAUCCUCAACGCCGUGGAUCAGGCGCACAAGGCCGGCGUCCGUCACGGAGACAUCAAGACGGAGAACGUGAUGGUGACCAGCUGGAACUGGGUGCUGCUCACAGACUUCGCCAGCUUUAAGCCCACCUACCUGCCCGAGGACAACCCCGCCGACUUCAACUACUUCUUCGACACGUCCAGGCGGAGGACGUGCUACAUCGCGCCCGAGAGGUUCGUGGACGGGAGCAUGUUCGCUACGGAAAGCGACCAGAACACGCCGCUGGUGGACCUGACCAACAACAACCAGAGAGGCCGAGGGGAGCUGAGACAGGCCAUGGACAUCUUCUCUGCAGGCUGUGUGAUCGCUGAGCUCUUCACUGAAGGCGUCCCCCUCUUCGAUCUGUCCCAGCUGCUGGCGUAUCGUAAAGGACACUUCCAGACGGAGCACGUCCUCAUGAAGAUCGAGGACCGCAACAUCCGAGAGCUGGUGGCUCAGAUGGUUCAGCGGGAGCCGGAGAAGCGUCUGACAGCGGAGGAAUAUCUGAAGCAGCAGAGAGGAAAAGCUUUUCCAGACAUCUUCUACACCUUCCUGCAGCCGUACAUGGCUCAGUUCGCCAAAGAGACGUUUCAGUCGGCCGACGAACGCGUGCUCGUCAUCCGCAAAGACAUCGACAACAUCCUGCACAACCUGAGAGGAGGCUCCUCCUCCUCUUCCUCCUCCUCCUCUUCGUCUCAGGACGGCGGUGACUGCGUGCCGAGCUCUCGUGAGGAGCAAGGCCUCAUCGUGCUGGUGUCCGUCAUCACUUCCUGCCUGCAGACGCUCCACUCCUGCGACUCUAAGCUGGCGGCUCUGGAGCUCACCUUGCACCUGGCGCCCGCGGCUGGCGUGGACAUCCUGCUGGACCGCAUCACGCCGUACCUGCUGCACUUCUGCAACGACCCCGUGCCCGUCGUGCGCGCCCAGGCCGUGCGCACGCUGGCCAAGGUGCUGGCGCUGGUGAAGGAAGUGCCGCGCAACGACGUCAACAUCUACCCGGAGUACAUCCUGCCGGGGAUCGCUCACCUCGCCCAGGAUGACGCCACCAUCGUCAGGCUGGCGUACGCAGAGAACAUCGCUCACCUGGCCGAGAGCGCGCUGCGUUUCCUGGAGUUGGUUCAAGAAAACAACGUGAACACGGAGCAGGACCUGAUAGGAGAGGACACGGAGGAGAUGCUGCUGCACCCCAACGAAAACUACGACUCAGAGCUGCAGGCGCUGCACGAGAUGGUGCAGCAGAAGGUUGUGACCCUGCUGAGCGACUCGGAGAACAUCGUGAAACAGUCGCUGAUGGAGAACGGCAUCACCAGACUCUGCGUGUUCUUCGGCCGGCAGAAGGCCAACGACGUGCUGCUGAGUCACAUGAUCACCUUCCUCAACGACAAGAACGACUGGCACCUGAGAGGAGCCUUCUUCGACAGCAUCGUGGGCGUAGCGGCGUACGUGGGCUGGCAGAGCUCCUCCAUCCUGAAGCCUCUCCUCCAGCAGGGCCUCAGCGACACCGAGGAGUUCGUCAUCUACAAAGCUCUCAACGCUCUGACCUGCAUGUGCCAGCUGGGCCUGCUGCAGAAACCUCACAUCUACGAGUUCGUGGGCGACAUCGCUCCGUUCAUGUGUCACCCGAACCUGUGGAUCCGUUACGGAGCGGUGGGAUUCAUCACUGUGGUCGCUCAGCACCUCAACGUAGCCGACGUCUACUGCAAACUGAUGCCUCACCUCAACCCCUUCAUCACCCAGCCCAUUAUCCAGAUCGAUAAGGAGCUGGUGCUGCUGAGCGUCCUGAAGGAGCCGGUGAGUCGCUCCAUCUUCGACUACGCUCUGCGCUCCAAAGACAUCGGCAGCCUGUUCAGACACCUGCUGCUGAGGCAGAAGAAGAGAGCCGGAUCCAUCCCAGAAUGCCCCACACCCGACGACCCGGCCAUCGCUCAGCUCCUCAAGAAGCUGCUGUCACAGGGGAUGACGGAGGCGGAGGAGGACAAGCUGCUGGCGCUCAAAGACUUCAUGCUGAAAUCCAACAAGGCCAAAGCCAACAUGGGCGAGCAGAGUCACCUGGGGGAGGCGGUGCAGACCGGCGUCAUCGACCUGGCAACGCUCGGCAUCACCGGACGCCAGGUCGACCUCGUCAAGCCCAAAGCCGAAGCGGAGGAUAAGAGAGCGAGGAAGCACACCAAGCAGGACUCCACCAUGAACGAGGAGUGGAAGAGCAUGUUUGGAUCUCAGGAGCCGUCGUCCGCUCAGGUUGUCAUGGCGGCUGACGGUCCAGGGAGUCAGAUCAGGAAGAGCACGGCGGUCCCAUCGGUUCCCGUGUUGCAGUCGGUAGCGAGCGGCCCGGCCUACCAGCGCCGCCUCAACACCUGCAAGGCGGAGCUGCAGCAGCUGGUGCAGCAGAAGAGGGAGCAGUGCAGCGCCGAGCGCAUGGCCAAACAGAUGAUGGAGAGCGCCGAGUGGGAGAGUCGUCCUCCUCCACCCGGAUGGCAUCCUAAAGGUCUGCUGGUCGCCCACCUGCAUGAACACAAAGCUGCUGUGAACCGCAUCAGAGUCUCAGACGAACACUCCAUCUUCGCCACGGCGUCCAACGACGGCACCGUCAAAGUCUGGGACAGUCAGAAGAUGGAGGGAAAGACCACGACCACCAGAUCGGUGUUGACUUAUUCUCGUAUUGGCGGCCAUGUGAAGACGUUGACCUUCUGUCAGGGGUCUCAUUACUUGGCGGUGGCUUCAGACAACGGAUCCAUCCAGCUGCUGGCGGUCGAAGCCAAUAAACCACCAAAAUCUCCAAAAGUGCAGCCGUUCCAGACCAGGUCUUUGGAUCUCCAGGAGGACGGCUGUGCGGUCGACAUCCACCAUUUCAACUCUGGCGCUCAGUCCGUGUUGGCGUACGCGACCGUCAACGGCUCAUUGGUCGGCUGGGACCUUCGCUCCAACUCCAACGCCUGGACGCUUCGUCACGACCUCCGACUCGGACUCAUCACCUCAUUCACCGUCGACAUGCACCAGUGCUGGCUCUGUCUUGGGACGAGCAGCGGCACCAUGGCAUGCUGGGAUAUGAGGUUUCAGCUCCCCAUCUCAAACCACUCCCACCCAGCACGAGCACGGAUCAGACGGCUGCUCAUGCAUCCACUCUACCAAUCGUCUGUCAUCGCUGCUGUCCAGGGGAAUAAUGAAGUGUCGAUGUGGGACAUGGAGACUGGAGAUCGUAAAUUCACACUGUGGGCGAGUUCUGCUCCUCCGCUUUCUGAGAUGCAGCCGUCUCCUCACAGUGUUCAUGGGAUUUACUGCAGCCCUGCUGAUGGGAACCCUCUGCUGCUAACAGCCGGCUCUGACAUGAGAAUCAGGUUUUGGGACUUGGCGUAUCCAGAGAGGUCGUACAUCGUAGCGGGAGGAGCCAACGACUCGCUGCACUGCCCGUCUGUCCUCUACAGCCGGAAGAUCAUCGAAGGAACUGAAGUCGUACAGGAGAUCCACAGCAAACAGAAGAGCGGCGUGGUGGAGGACUCGCCUCGCCGCGGCCCUGAGUCACUUCCUGUCGGACACCACGACAUCAUCACCGACAUCGCCACCUUCCAGACCACGCAGGGCUUCAUCGUCACCUCGUCCAGAGACGGCAUCGUCAAAGUGUGGAAGUGAAGAAGAAGAAGAAGAAGAAGAAGAAGAAGAAGAAGAAGAAGAAGAAGAGACAUUAUCAUGAAGAGUUUGGUCACAUUAGUUUAGAAUUGGCUCCAAAAGACUAAUAACAGUGAUCCUUCUUCUUUCCUUCCUCCAUCCCCUUCCUUCCUUCCCUCCUUC